AUGGAGAAGUAUACCAAGCAUAAGAGCAGUAGUACCAAAAGAAAAGAAAAGGAGAAAAGGCUUUUAGAGGAAGUAGCUACUAAUCCGAAACAAGCUAAAGUUAGUACGUUUUUCCGUUUUACGAGUACUUCUCAAGAAAGUGGAUCUAUAACUAAAAACGAAUCUAUUUCUGUAGAAUCUCGUCAAACUCAACCUUUUGUAACUAUUCUUGGUCAGAGUGAAUCUGUAGUUUCAACCACCCAAAUAAAUCUUAAUCAAAAUAAAUCACAGUUCAAAUCUAAAAAUAUUACAUCUGAUCAAUCUGUUGAAAAUAAUGAGGAAAAACUAGAACCUACGUUUAUUAAUGAGGUAACAAUAUUACCAUCUACAUUUCCCAGGUUUGAAAACGAUAAAGGUCUUUAUGAAAAUUGUUCUAAAUUAAACGAAGAAAAAAUCAGGGCUCUUUUAUUAGCAGGUCCCUGUCAACCUAAAGAAUGUGAUUUAUUAGGUAAGGAAUAUAAAUUGUCCAAUGACAAACGUCAUUUUUGCUCAUCGUGGUAUUAUAUAAACAAAAAGAAGCCAUUUGUUGGAGAUAACAACAGUCCUUGGUUGUCUUAUUCACCUUCAAAACACUAUGCGUAUUGUCACUAUUGUUGGUUAUUCGGAGAUGAAGCUGCGAAGAGAAGUGCGUGGUACACUGGUUUUACAUCCUGGAAACACUUUUAUCAAUUAUCUAUGAGACAUGGGUUAAGUAAAGUGCACCUCAAUAAUGCAGUCGCUGCCGCAACAUUUCUUCAAAAAUCGGAUAUUCAUCAUAAGCUUAAUAAACAAAUCAGUGAAGAAGCUAAGAAAUGGACCACAAUUUUAAAUAUUCUUUUCGAUACUGUAAAAACGUUAUCUGGUUUAGGCGUGGCCAUUCGUGGUCACCGAGAAAAUUUACAAAAUUAUGAAUAUUCUGGAAUUUACUUGACAAUCAUUAAAUUAAUUUCGCGUCACAAUCCUAUUUUAUUCACUCAUAUUGAAUCACCAAAUAAAAUUAAGUACUUGAGUAAAACAAUAAUGUACGAAUUAUUAAGUACAUUAGCUGAUCAAACCAGAAAAAUAAUUGUAGAUGAAUGUAAAGAUGCAAAAUUUUUUACGUUACUUGCGGAUUCAACAAUAGAUGUAGCACACUUGGAUCAAAUGGCCAUUUUGUUACGAUACGUCCUUAUUCAAAAAGAAGAUAAAGAUCCACCUAAAGUCUACAUAAAAGAGAGCUUUUUAUGUUUUACUCAACUUAAAAAAGUAGAUGCUGCAUAUAUUUGUUCUGAGAUAGUUACCCUGUUAUUUGAAAAGUAUGGACUAGAAAAGAAACAUUUGUGUGGUCAGGGAUAUGACGGAGCAGCUGUUAUGGCAGGAAAACAAGGUGGUUUGCAAGCAAAAAUAAAAGAAUUCGUUGGUAAUGAAGCAUUCGUUCCUUAUAUUCGCUGUGCUGCACAUCAAUUAAAUUUAGUUUUAGUACACGCAGCAGAAGAAAAUACAAGUCCUUCAAUUAAAGUGUUUUUUACGAUCAUUCAAACAGUUUUUAAUUAUUUCGCACAUUCUCAUAAGCGAUGGGAGGCACUUCUAGAUGUAAGUAAUCGCUCUUCGAGUAAUCCGAACAGUUUUGGUAUUCAGCUUCUCAAAGAACUAAAGAAAGAGAUAUUCAAUAAACAAAUAGAAAACGAUGCACUCGACGCUCAAAAUGAUAAGCCAAGGGAACUCCAUAUAAAAAGUUUGAGUAACACUCGUUGGGCGACACGUUUAAAAGCUGUGGAAGCCUUAAUUCAAAAUUUCGAAUUCAUUGUAAACUGCCUGGAAAACGAGAUAUCAAGAGUUGCAGCAUCUGGAGAUGAUAUUAUGGCUGCCAAUACAUUACUAUCAUCAAUUAAUUGCAUUAACAAAGUUAAAAAAUCUUAG